UAUCUGUUCAAUUAAUAAAGCGUCCCUAGUCGCACUGUACGGUCAUCUAGCAACAAGCUGCAACUUGUACACUGGAGAAUAUUCAAGAAAUAAACAACGCUAAGUUUGCUAUAACUUUCUCCCACUGGCAAUGGAUAAACCUCAGAUAAUUUGCCACAUACAGAAAUCUCUCAAUUAUACGAUAUUUGAUUGCAAAUGGAUUCCUUGUUCGGCAAAAUUUGUUGUUCUUGGCAACCGUGCACGCGGUACGGGAAUGCUUCAAACCUACGAAAUAUCUCAUGGUGAAGUCAAUCUUGUUCACGAGACUGAAAAACCAAAGUCAUUUCGGUGUUGUACAUUUGCUGCUUCUGACAUACAAGAAAGACAUCUGGCGACAGGUAACUUUCAUGGCAAAAUGGAAAUUUGGGACCUUGAACAUUCUGAAACUCCUGUCUACUCUGUAAAUGGCCAUACCCAAAUUAUUAAUAGUAUUGAUGGUGUUGGAGGUUUGGGAAUAGGAGAAGGUGCACCAGAAAUUGUAACUGGCAGUAGAGAUGGUUUGGUGAAAGUCUGGGAUCCAAGACAGAAAGAUAAACCUGUGGCAAUAAUGGAGCCAAAAGAAGGGGAAGCUAAAAGAGAUUGUUGGGCUGUAACAUUUGGUAAUACUUUUACUGCGACUGAUCGCUGUGUAUGUUCUGGCUAUGAUAAUGGCGACAUUAAAUUAUUUGACCUGAAAACAAUGUCUUUGCGUUGGGAAACCAACAUUAAAAAUGGAGUCUGUUCUUUGGAGUUUGAUAGAAAAGAUAUAAACAUGAACAAACUUGUUGCCACAACUCUUGAAUCAAAGUUCCACGUUUAUGAUAUGAGAACACAACAUCCAACCAAUGGGUUUGCAUCAGUAGUAGAAAAAGCAGCACAUAAAUCAACAAUUUGGUCAGUUCGCCAUCUUCCUCAGAAUCGAGACAUUUUUAUGACAAUGGGAGGUAAUGGCUCAGUAAAUCUUUGGCAAUAUUAUUACCCUGAAAAGCGUGUCACUAAGGAUUCUAGAGGAAUAGAGAUGGGUGUUGCUGGUAAAGUGAAUCUACUACAGAAUAUAACCAUUUCCACGCAACCUAUAGCUACUCUGGACUGGAAUGCUGACAAAGCUGGCUUAUGUGUGUGUGCAGCCUUCGACCAAACUGUUCGGGUCCUCAUUGUUACCAAGUUAAACAGACUUUAAAAUUUCACUAAUUUUUUAAAAUUUCCUAUUUUGAAUAAAAUAAUAAUUUUUUUA